AUGCUAUUUGGUUCAUAUAAAAUGUUGAAUUUAUUGCAAAAUCAAAAAGAAUUGAUAUUAAAACAUUGGAAAAGUAUAUUAUUAAGUUUAAUAUUUAUAUUAGGAUUGUGUCUAAUUUCAUUUUAUUUUAUUAAUAUUAAUCGAAAUGAAAAACCAUUCAUGCUCUUGUACAAUACAGAUGAUUGGUCAAAUUUCUUUCAUUAUUCAUAUAAUUAUAAUAUCAAUUCAUCGACACCAAUUCUUUGUAUCAUUACCCGAAUAUACGAACCACAAGUUUCUUAUUUUCCUGUAUUUGCCUUAGCAUUACUUCAUACCGGUCUCGACAAUAUUCGCAUUUAUGUAACCAAUACAGAUAGACGAACAGAUAUUCGACAACUUAAACAAACAAUCAGCUUUCUUAAUAAAUUUGUAUUGCGUAAAGAUUAUAUUACUUUUCUUAAUUUAGGUGAUCCACCUCAGAGAAAUGAUGAUGGAUAUGUUAUGACUAAUCGUGCACUUUCUUAUAUUUAUGAACAAAAUAACCAUUCAUCGUCUGCAUGUCAAUAUAUCGUAGUAACAAAUGGAGAUAACUUUUAUUCUCAAAUAUUUGGAAAAAGAAUUUUACCUCAUAUGAAAGAUGGAAAAGAUAUGAUUGCUUGGGGUUUUGUUUCACAUCAUUAUAAACCACAUUAUAAAGAAUUUAUUAACCAAACAAAUCUGACAGUUCUUCAAAUAAUUGAUGAUGGUACUGGAAAAUGUACUCCAGUGGCAUUUAGGGCUGGUUUUGCUGAAUUAGGAUCAGUUGCAUAUCGAUUAGCAUUUUUAAAAAAACAUAAUCUUUAUUUUAAUCAACCUGAUGCAAGCUAUUCAGUUAGUUUAGAUGGAUAUUUUGUGGAACAGGCUGCUCAACGUGCUUCAUCAUCAGUUAUUUUGAAACAAACUCUUUUUUUUCAUCAGUAA